GAACACACAUACACACACACACUACACACGUGUGCCUACCUCAGUUUGAUUUGUGCUGCUCACUGAGAUCUGAACUGGACUGGAGAAGAGACAUUGGAGAGGGGGCAAAAAACUAGAGAGAAAUAGGAGAAGAGGAUAGAGAAGAGAAGAGAGAGAAGCUUCACUCACAGACGCUGACAUUCACAUAGCGAUCACAGAUCUUGUAGGACUCGUAUGGGGUAAGGCUCCACAUGUGACUGAGUGGGACGUACAGAUACCCAAUACUGUGCUUUGGGACUUGACACCACACUGGGAGUUGUGCUGAGGCAGUCGGACACCUACUAAAGCAGAAAGCAAGCUCCAGGGGAGAGAAAGGGGCAUCCAACAACAAUCUGUGUUGUUUGCUCGAGCUCCUCCUCCCGUCCAUCUCUUAUCCUCCUUCCGUCCAUCUCUCCUCUCAUCCCUCACAUUGCUCUGGAGUGGGAGAGUCUGUCUGCACUGUGAGGUAAGGACAAGCAUGUUGUUGUCAAGUGCCUGUGUGUGCAUCAUCUUGAAAUGUUCAUUUCGAUAAACAAGUCUGGAUGUUAUUCAAACUUGUAUCUACAUCAGAGCAGUUCAUUUUUUUUCUCUCAGUCUCAGGAGGUUGGAGAAAGCUGUGUGGGGGUUUGGAGUACUUUGGGUUUGUUGUCGGUGGGACAAAUACAUGACACAAAUAAUGAAGCUUUAUCUAUUUAAAAAAAUAUAUAUUUUUACAUAGUUUUCUACAUACUGUAGCUUUCCUCUAAACCACUGUACGUUUCACGAUGACUGCUUGUCUGUCAAUCAUUUGUCUGUCUCUGUCAGUCAACCUGCCUUUUUAUUUCAUCCAUCUCUCCUCUCAUCCCUCAUAUUCUGCUCUGGAGUGGGAGAGUCUGUCUGCACUGUGAGUCCCUGGGAGACGGCAGAGUGUUGACAGUGUGAAUGAUGGCAGCAAUGGCCCUGUCCUGGUAUCUCUGCCUGGCCGUGACUCUCCUCUGUGGCCCCUCCUGGCCCCAAGGACACUCGGCUCUGGCCCCUGAGAAUGAGGUGCCACUCCGCCCCACCGCCUGGCUGCCUGAUGGAAAGGUCACCUCCAUACAUCUGCCCAAAGGACGCACCCGGAGACUGUACUUCACAUUGAAGAAGAAGGUUGUGAUGAUGUCUGUGACCGUCAGUCCCUGUGACCUCCCCAUCGAAUGGACCCUUGCAGCCCGAACCCUGAAGGACAAACCGCCUAAAAGUCCACACUGGAGUACCAAGAAGAGUAUGCCAGAGGUGUGGUGGAGAGGGCCUGGAACUGAAGCCAAGAUACACACCUACACUGGCAAUGCCAUGGACACCUACACAGGUCCUUCCUAUGCCCCAGCAUCUAUCUACAUCCUCAGACUGCGCCCCAAGGACCAGGACACCAGGGCUACCAUGUACCUCCAUCAGGGCUCUGGGCCCUCAGGGGCCUUCCCGGAGCUUCCCUCUGACCCCCAUGUCCACACCCUGGGUGUAGGAAUGACCAGUGUCACCCUCAGCUGGGGCCCCAGUACCUCCCUCACAAGACUGCCGCACACCCAACGCAUCUAUGACUACUGUGUCCUUGUCAACCGCAAACACAACUACCGCAACCUCUGUGCCGCCCGGGAGGGCAUCAGGAAAGAGCAGGAGAAAGACAAGAAACGGCAGAAGAAGGACAAACAAAGGAAAGUAACUGUGUGGCCCAUUCUCAAAAACUGGUGGUGGCAGCAGUGGGAUGCUGAAACAGAUCUCCGGUCACCUGCUGCGCUCCGUGACCAGCAUGAUGAUCUCCAAUGUGUUUGUAAGGGAACAGAGAGCGUGUGCACUGUUUCAGAGCUUGUCCCCGACACGCAGUACUACUUUGACGUAUUUUUGAUUGACAGGCUAAAUGGAACUAGUGCAGCAUAUACUGGAACGUUCGCUCAAACACAUGAGGAGGCCCAACCAGCUAUCACACCACUCAGGGAAGGGGAGCUCCGGUGGGUGACCUUCCGGGAUGGAGGCUCAACCUCUGGGGAGUUCUUUAGCUUCCGUCCCCGGGGUUGGCAGCAGAGUGGCCUGCUCACUCUCCAGAGCUGCGGAAGCAGUGAGAAGAUCAAGGUCACCAUCUCCAGCAAGGGCCAAGAGCUUAGCUCCCAGGCUGUGGGAGAAGACUUGGCUCAGAUCUGGCUCCAGGGCAGCCCCUCCUACCUCAUCCACCUGGAGAGAGAGGGAACUGCGCCCCCCAGACAAGCUGCUCUAGGGGCCCUGAAGGCCUCUGUUAAGAUGCAGGCAUCCUCUGCUUACCAUCGUCAAGGGGUACCUUCCCUCCCCACCACCCUGCAGAUUAAGUCUUUCAACAGGCUGAGGAGCUGUGACUCCAUCACCCUGGCCUGGAUGGGCACAGAGGAGAGGAGCCUAUACUGUGUGUACCGCCGGAGGCUGGGUAAGGGCGAGAAGGGAGGUACGGCACCCUGCCUGGGGCCUGAGUCACGGUCGGACACUGAGAGAGUCGUGUGUAAAUACUUCCAGGAGCUAAACCCUCGGCGGGCUGUCACGACGGCCGUGAUCGGGGGCCUGGAGCCUGGGGUGGCCUACAUGUUUGAUGUCUAUCUAAUGAGACGCUGGGGGAUCCCCAUAAAGUACAGCAGCAAGACAGUGAGAACCAGGAAGGAGUGCUGAGCUGUUGCCACCUCCUAGUCUCGUAGUCUGCAGCAGCAUUGGACUCAACAAAGAGGUGAUUUACAAAGACUUACCAUGACAAAGCCAUUCUACUAUGAGGGAGACUGUUAAUAAUUGUGGUACACCCUCCGAAGAGUGGACGCAUUUGAACACUGGUACCCAUGGAUUGGGUAGGAGAAGCAGAGGGGGGACCGCACACCAGCAAAAUUAAUUCCAUUACAGUAACCUGCUGUGCUUUUUGUCUUUUUGUUUAUAGUUGUGCCAGUUGUCCAAGUACUUAUUCUGAGUCUGAGUACAAAGGAGGAUAGAGGUUUUUGAUGACAAAGAAUGUCAGCAAAGACUUCGCCCAAAAAUAUGCAACAGAAACAGAUGGAGCUUUGAUCGUACUUUACAAUGGGGAUAGAGAACGUAUGGCAAGAUCCUACAGUAUAUAUUUAGUGCUGCAUUGUUUUGUUCUAUAUUCUACAGGCUUAAAACACAGAUGGGGUAAUCUAUUGAUACUUAGCGCAAAGUCCGUGUGUAAGCUAUCUUGUGUUCUGCUUUCGCAUGAAGCAGGUAAAAUGAGCUAGCGACUAGCGUCAUUGUCUUUGAUGUAUUUUAAUUGUGCUAUGCUUAAAAUGCCCCAAUAAACACAUUAGUAUCUGUAUCUCGGUAUCAACAUCUAAUAAAAUAUUCUCUUUUGUUUGACUCUUUGCUGACAGUUAGUUGAGAAAAUGAUUAAAUUGAGAAAUCAAUGUGACCCAUGUUAACACUUGCAUUUAUUUAUCUCUACUUGGAUGAUUACUACAAAACUAAAGAAAACGAAUGAAAAUCAUGAUUGCCUAGCUGCCCUACCUGCUUCAACAGACAGAAUGGGUGGUCAUCAGCCUGUGAUAUCAAAAAGUCCUGAUUCCACAAAACACACUAAAAAAGUAAGCAUGUUUUCGUUAAGCCUGUUGCAUGCUUCCCAGUCGAAACAGUUUGUGCCUAUAUUAUGCCUAAAUUAAAAUGUGUGAUGUU